ACCCACUCUUUGAGUUCUCCGUGAUUGCAUGCAGAAUAUUCAACAGGAUAUUAAACCCUAUCUGCUACCAUCACUCAACAAAGGACGGAGUAGAUAAGAGUAAGAGUGUUGAACUGCUAGUAAGGCCAAGCCAACUUAAGGUACCGCUGUCAAACGUCAUUGUGACGUCACGACUGACCUUCCGAAUCCAGAGAAAAACACCGCUAUCUGAUUCUUCAAUCAAUUCUUGACCAGAAACUGUAUUUGAAAUGAAAUUAGUCUUGCUUUCUAGCGAGAUGGCAAUGCCCAAUUCACCAGUCAUUCCUCCUGCCCCAAAGAAGAGGAAAGUACAUGAAGUUGAAGAAAAGACUAUUAUCUUUUCACUGCCGGACACCAUUCUAAAUGUAGCCCUCGCAAAGGAAAAAGGUCCCAAACUUAAUCUGUCAAGUUUCGCAUCGCUUUCGUUUAGCUCCACAAUACAAAAGAUAUUUGGAGUGGGCACCUUUAAAGGGAAUGCAGCAUCUGUGGAAUUCUCAUUAAAGCUUGUCCCAGUAGAGAGUGGCGGCUUCUUUGGGGGUUGCAUGCCCUUGAGUUUCAUCCCCGAAAAGGCCAGAGUGCUAACAGCACUCACUAGCCCUGAACUUGGAGCAUUUGAGCCUUCAUUUUUGGAACCAAACGAAAACGUGGUGGAGGCAAAGGAGAAGUCCAAACUCAUGUCUCUUACCAAGGAAGAAUAUAUGGAGAGGACACCAAGCGAGUUCAGUAACGAACUGGAAAUCGCUGCUAACCUCCCAGAUCCUGAAAGCUUGCUCAGUCAGAUGGAUGUCUUUGAAGUGAGAAUUCUAAUCUUUGAUCUGAAGACAUUGUACAAAGAAGCACUAAAGGAAAAAUUCGGCAAUGCUAUUGGCAAAGAAUUAGUGAGAGCCUUGUUUUAACUGGUCACCCUCCAGCAAGAGUAUAGUCAAUUCUCGGCACGCCUGUCCAAACAACGACUCUAACACCACGCUUGGGCUGGGGCUGAAGUGGCCAGGAUGCCACAUCGGACCUGACGACAAGGCCAUUUCUUUGCCGAUUCAUGGUGUAACUGAUACAGCCAUUCUGUAUCAUGAUGCUGGAAGUGAUGAGUGUUUUCAGAUUAUUGUGGGAGAGUUGAAGUCUAGUGGUGAGAGAAACAACGAGGGAGAGGGGCAGCUGCUCCUGAGUGUACUAAUCAACUUUUUAAAGAUGAGAAUGCUCCAUUCGGCCUGGGGAAUUAGACUUGGUGCACAGAAACUCUUAAUCUUGAGAAUGAAAAAAUCUGCAACCUCCUGUGAUGAGAUUGAAGUCAGAACUUGCAGCAUUGAUGUGAGGAACUUCGAAUCACUGGUAUACCGCUAUUAGUGGCCGUCUUCUGUAAGUUAAAAACAUUACAUUGUCUUCACAAGCAUAACUUUUUUGGCAUGCAGACAAAGAUUUUUCCAACUAAAAAGUCUGUGCUUCUCUACCCAUGCCUCCGGAGGUUGACAUCACUAGCGGGGUGAACACACCAUGUUCGAUUUCUAGAAUUCUUUGGCCAUAAGUUCUUUUUUUCUUGUCUUCAUGCCUUUUAUAGACUGCAGAGAGCCUUCUCGAUCUGUUGCUUGAAGUGUUUGGGUGGAACACUCUUACGUCGAAAAAAAUAUCCUGUCCUGCGGUCCAGAAGCUUUAUGCACGUAUAUCGAGUCUUGCACCGUCAUUGAGGCUAAGCGGAAGGAUUCACCUGUGAGUGGUUGAAGGUGAGGUUCUGUGGCCACGUUUGGGUAAACUUCGGGGAAGAAUUAACUAUGACUCCGCCUUCUGCAGGAAGCGCUCUGCAAAAAAUGAGCCCAGCCCCCUCUUUUGCAAAAAAAACCUGCACUCAAGCCACACACCCCAGCCCAAGCUUCUCGGUUCUGUACGGCAAGCAAAGAACAGCUUCACUAUCGAAAACUUUUGUUCCCAAAAAGACGCAAGAGUCGACUGAAUGGGCAGUCAAACAUUUUGAAACAUGGCUGCAGCACAGAAACAUGAAUACGGAGGACGAAUUUGACAAAUGCCCAGAAGACCUGCUUGUGAAAAUGGACCCAGAACAGCUCAUUGGCUCUCUAUUUUUAUCGUAGAGACAAGAAAAGUGACAGGAGAACCCUACCCUUCUACAACUAUAUACACAGCAUCCUGUCUGGUAUUCUCUGAUAUAUGCGCUCACUGAAUGCAAAGAAAUGUCCAAAUUUCUUGCAAAAAACGAUCCGAGAUUCCAAACUUUCCAUAACACAAUGGACUCUGUCUUCAGAGAACUACGUAAACAGGGGGUUGGAAGUGACAAGAAACACGCAAAAGCCUUCUCAAAAGAAGAAAAACAGCUUUGGUCCUCAGGAGCUAUCGGUUCGAACGAUUCCUUGGCACUACUACGAGCUGUAUUCUAUUACAACGCUUUUUGUUAGCUACAAUAGUCAGAAAGAGCUGCUAAAGAAGUUAGCUAUUUUAGUAGCCAUUAUUGAACUUGCAGACACACCCUUUAUUCCUGGAUGUAAUGCGCAUGCGCCUCAAUACCACGUGUAAGAGAAUCCAGGCAGAAUCAUCUUUGUUGAGGUCCUGGUAACAACCUUUUCUGAUAACUCUUUUUAGACUGCUUGUUAUAGAUACUACUUUCUGUGAUUGAAUUCUGUGCUUAAACUCUUUUUAGACUGCUUGACAAUGUUAUAGAUAUUACUUUCUGUGAUUGAAUUCUGUCUUUAAUACUUAUCUCACAGAAUACUAACUAUGCCUUUGACAAAGCUUUGCUCCCACUGUUUGGACGAUCAGUAUACACUAUUAACUGUGAAACAACCAAAGUACAUUGCAAAUUAUUUACCUCUUCUAUAACACUCUAAUACUUUUGAGCAAAAGUAAAAACAUGGCGAGAGGCAUUAGCAAGCGCGCGCUUGCAACACUCGGUUAAGUACAACGUGAUUCAAAACAACAAAAUUAAUGCCAUAAUAGUUUUCUUAGUGCUUAAAAAAAAAACUGGUUUAUUUCAGCACUGUAUAAAUCUUUUAUUGCAUAGUAUUAACUCCUACCCCCCCCCCCUUACACACCCUACAGCUACGAUCGAGAUCAUGUGCAACUGCUGGAGUGAGGCCCUGGUGAUCGAUGGACCUUCGGUCAAAAUUUGACGCCAUGUUGUCCGAGAGAAACCCUUACUACUUUGACCUGAACCAUGUUAACUCCUAACGUCCAUAUUAUAACAAUCUGUCCGAACAAAGCCACUCCGAUGGCAACCACACCAUCUCACUCAGUGGGGAGGAACUAGAGUCAUCAUCUCCAUCAUCUGCCGUCACAAACGGAGGAGCCGCAAGUGGCUAUGACUACCUCAAACCACGCCCUCCAGCUCCCGUCCCAAUUCCACCCAUCGAUACCACAGUUCAUGAUCCACCCCUCAACCAAUCCCUACGUAGAGACCCCUACAGCCAAACAUCCCUGUAUGACAUCAUACGACCUCUCCCUGCGUGAUUCCGGUCAGGGUUAUUCGAGUGAGGCUGUCGGACAAGAGUUGGAGCAGGUGGGCUCGGAGAAUAGUAACCAUAACAACAACGAAACUGAUGAGAGUGAGACUAAUAUUGAAAAUGUUGACGUAGUAAAAGACCCUCAUGUGUGAUUAACAAUCUAUUUUUAUUUGUAAUCAGAGUUCAUUUUUUUGUAAUAAUUUGUUCCAUGUACAUGUGGCUGGCUUGA